ACUACUUCCCCAACCAUGAGAGAGACCCCAAAAAACAACAACCCCCUGGUGUGAGGAGUUCUGCAGAGGAUCACUAGUGUGGCGAGUUCUGCAGAGGGACACAUCUCACUAGUAUUGACAGAGGAUCACCACGUCAUUAGUGUGUGGAGGUCCAGAGGAGCCCCACCUUACUAGUGUCUACAGAGGAGCACCACCUCUCUAGUGUGUGGAGGUCAACAGAGGCGCCGUUCUCAUCAGACCAACGCAGAGUCAGGGUUAACUGCGAAGCAAUUUCAGCUAUCUGUGAAACAGGAGAGAAAUGGGAACUUUGUCUGCGUCAUACUUUGAGAAGGGGAAGGCUUACCUGCAGUUGAACGAGGAAGAGGAUAAUGAAGAUGAAAGAAACAAGCGACAAGAACAUGUUAUUAAAGAUGCGCUGAGGGAGAGAAGACAAUCAGAUGAGCAGGAAAGAGACAAUGGAGGUGAAGAGGACGUAGAGGAGAGAAAGGAGAGGAGCAGUGAUUCAUCAGAGGACGAGACAGAUGACGAGGACGAUCGUCAGGAGAUUGAGAGGAGGAAGGAAUCCGGCAGGGUCUGUGAUUCUGAUGACCCUACAGCGGAACAGGAAGUGAGACAGGAAAGGAAGCCAGCAUGGGCUCCCAACUACUUGUGCAGGAAUGGUAGAGACGUGUACCAUUACGCCGGCAACGACAUCGUCAUCUACGAAUCCAUCGGCUCCUACGGAUCAGUGAUGUGGCCCGCGGCGCUGGCCCUCUGUUCAUACCUGGAUUCCAACCGGCUGGAGACGGAGCUCCUGGGGAAGAGAGUUCUGGAGCUGGGGGCUGGAACCGGCCUGGUGGCAAUUGUCGCCUCUCUGCUGGGAGCUGCAGUAACAGCUACAGAUCUGCCGGAUAUCUUGGGGAAUUUAACAGCUAACGUGAUGCGUAACACCAGGGGGCGCUGUCGCUUCACGCCGGAGUUCACCGCUCUCUCCUGGGGUAACGAGCUGGAGUACCUCUUCCCGCGGUCGCUCCAAAACUACGACUACGUGCUGGCAGCUGACGUCGUCUACCACCAUGACUUCCUGGCGGAGCUUCUGCUCACCAUGGAGCACUUCUGUCAGCCGGGAACCACCCUGCUCUGGGCCAACAAGGUCCGCUUCACCACUGAUCCCACCUUCACACAGAACUUCAAGGAGAGCUUCCACGCAGAGCUAGUAGUAGAGGAGGGAGACAUGAAAAUAUACAAGGCCACGAGUAGGGAGGAAGGAGGCAUGAAGAUCGAAAGGGCAGGAAGGAAACAUGAAGUUCUAAAAGGGAGGAAGGAGACAUGAAGAUCUAAAGGAGUAGAUAGCGAGAACAGAGGCAUUCAAUACUGCUCUCUGCUGUACAGUCAAGCCACUUAAUAAGGCUACAUUUAGUUUAUUACUAAAGAUAAUUUAGGUAAAACACUGCGCAUGCGCAACACUUCUGUGAGCUGUGAUCCAUCAUCCUGAAUUCACAGGAAUAUUUGCUGUUAUCUAUUUUGUGAAGUGCCUUGGUUACUGUGUUGCUUUCAACUUUUGUGUGUCUUUUUACAUUAUGUGUGUCAUAAAAUGAUAAACUUUUUAUAGGAUGACUGACUGAAGAAGCUGAUUAGAAGGGUAUCAGAUUGGAACAUAAAUAUAUAUGACGUUCAAAAAAAGUACAAUCUCACACCUGUGUAAAAUCAGAUGAAGAAAAAAAUAAAGUUUUUAAGUUAGAAAA